UUCAGGGGUUAAACAUAACCCACCUUUUUUUUUUUUUUGGUUUUGCCCAUUUAGAAGCCUGGAUUUCCUUGCAUAGAGCGGUUUGUUAGUGGGGCUGUGCUUUAUUAUAUAGCGAGGAGGUCUGUUGCGUUGUGGUACUUGGUAUCCCACAAAUGUUUGGAAAGCAGCGACCAUAAACCAGACCCAGAGAGGAUUAGCGUUAAUGCCGAGGAGUCUGAUGGCAAGGGACAGAGUGCUGGGACAAGGGCUGCUCCUCAGACUGGGCGUCUCCAUGGUGUUGCUGGGGCCUCUCCUUCCCAGCACAGACUGUAGUCUUCAUCCACCUCCACGGUUUGCUUCCUAUGAAGUGAUAGUUCCGAGGAAGCUAGCACCCAAGGAAGGCAAAGCCACCAAGGACGAGAUGUCCUAUGCCAUCAAAGUGGAAGGUAAGAUCCACGUAGUUCACCUAAAGCAGAAGAAAGGAUUCCUAGUAAAAAAUUUCCCAGUCUUCACGUACGAUGCUAGAGGUCAACUGAGAGUAGAUCAGCCCCACAUUCCAGAUGAUUGCUACUAUCAUGGGUAUGUGGAAAAUACCCCAGAGUCUUACGUGGCCCUCAGCACCUGCUCUGGACUUAAAGGAUUUCUCCAGAUUGGGAGCUUAAACUAUGGCAUUGAACCUGUGGAGACUUCCUUUACAUUCCAGCACCGUCUUUAUCGAACAGAGGAGAUGGAACCCAAGGCUGUGAAGUGUGAAGUAACUGAUGGAGAAAGAAAACGUCCAGCAACAGUAAUGGAGACUAGGAAGGACUUAAUAGGUAAAGACCUGUCUAUAAGAUUCAGACACACCAGGUAUCUCGAGCUCUUUAUAGUGGCAGACAAAAAACUGUUUGACUAUCAUGGGAAAAAUGAAACCAAUGUGACAUAUCUCGUUGUUGACACAGUCAAUAUGGCAGAUUCUCAUUUUCAGUCUCUAAAGUUACGUAUACUUCUGGUUGGGCUAUUGAUCUGGACGCAAAACAACCCCAUUAACAUUCCUGAAGACAUCAGGUUGCUUCUUCAGAGUUUUAAUGACUGGAGAAAACUUAAUAUUUCUCCACGGGUGAAACAUGAUGCUGCACACCUAUUUAUUUAUAAAAAUUUUGGAACACUAGUUGGGAGGGCAUAUGUAAGUGGGAUCUGUGAAGGCUAUUAUGGAGCAGGAGUUGAAGCAUACAUUUUUAAUUCUCCAAUACUCUUUUCAAAGGUUCUCUCUCAUGAACUGGGUCAUAAUCUUGGCAUGGAGCAUGAUCACACAGGCUGUAUGUGUGGCAAACACACAAGUUGCAUCAUGAGUGAAGCGAGUUCAAGAACCAGUCUAUUCAGUAACUGCAGUAAAAAUUAUUUUUUAGACCUAAUGGAUAAAGGAAAAGGAAACUGUUUGUUUAACAUCCCUGAACCUCAUGCACUUUUUACCAUUCAGCGCUGUGGUAACAAAGUAGUGGACCGUGGAGAAGACUGUGAUUGUGGGAACCUACGAGAAUGUAGAAGAGAUCCUUGUUGCCAUCACAAUUGCACACUGAAGCCAGGAGCUGUUUGUUCUGUUGGACAGUGCUGUAGAAAAUGUAAGUUUCUGCCAGCAGGAAGAACAUGCAGAGCAAUUGCAGACGAGUGUGACCUGCCCGAGUAUUGCAAUGGGAUUUCCGAGUGGUGUCCUGAAGAUGUGUAUGAGCAGGAUGGAAAUGCAUGCAGUGACAAUGGCUACUGUUAUAAGGGGAAAUGCGCCACCCAUAAUUUACAGUGUGAAAGUAUCUUUGGAAAAGGAGCUAGAGCUGCUCCAGAAAUUUGCUUCAAUGAACUGAAUGUAAAAGCUGAUCGGUUUGGCAACUGUGGGGGUGACGGGAAAGAAAUGGCGUUUGAGAAAUGCAACCAGAGCAACAGCUUGUGUGGGAGAGUGCAGUGUGUGAAUGUGAAAGACAUACCUGUCUUGGAGGAAUACGCAACCAUAAUUCAAACGCCGAUGGGCAAUGGGUGGUGCUGGGGCACAGACUAUCAUCCAGGGGUAGAUAUUGUUGACAUCGGAGUAGUGGCAGAUGGCACAAUGUGUGGCAACACAAAGGUUUGUAUGAACCGGACAUGUAUGGCUGCUUCAGUGAUUAAAAGAGCGUGUGAUGAGGACAAAAAGUGCAGCAGGAGAGGAGUUUGCAACAAUAAUAAAAACUGUCACUGUGUCGAGGGCUGGGCCCCUCCAAACUGUCAGUUCCAUGGCUUUGGAGGAAGCAUUGACAGUGGCCCUCCCCCACAGAGAGUGAGGGACAAAAUCUGGUGGGGUUUUUGGGCAAUACUUGGUCUUGCUCUCCUCAUCCUCAUUGCUCUUAUUCUUGCUAUAAGAAGAUUUAAAAAAUCUAUCCUAUCAUGUCUGCGUCGUACGUUCCUCAAGAAGGCGCAACCAAAAGGUCGGCCAGCAUCGAAGGAUUCAAAGAAGUCUGAAGGAAGGAAACAACGUAAGUGAAAUGCACAAUGGAAAAUCCAUCAUUUAGGGUUUCCCAUUGCUGCCUUAGGAAGGCUGGUGGUCCUGGCUGGAACAUCAGUGAAUCCAAUUUACUAGUUCAGGGGGUUCGUUUAAAGUUAUAAAUUCUUAGCAUUAGCAUUAUAUCUUCUGUUAAGGAAGACAAACUUCAGUACGUUUGGUUUGGGUAUAAAUAAAGAAAAGUAAAACUUACCAAAUAAAGAUGAAAGUUUUACAAUUUUCAGCUCAACACCAAAUUUGAAAAAAUAAUAAAGUAGGUUCUUACUAAUUAAACGGAGUGGCUGGAAGAUCACAUUGCACAUUAUUUAUUUAAAUUCAUGAAAGGUUUUGAAGAGACCCAGCUGAGGCUCUGGACUCUGACAUAAAUUACAAGAUAGCAGACUCCAUGAGAGCCAACAAAACUCCCUAGCUCUACAAAACGACAGUCCUAUCAGUCUGCAAGAGCCCGCUAGAGCGACGCGCCAUUUAGCAUGCCAUGAUGCUCAAUUUACACAGGACCUAUUUAGGACUAGAGCUAGUGCCAAAGUUUUAGGUACCUUCAUGGAGAAUGUAAAUUUGCGAGUAAGCAAACAAACAUUGCUAACAGUCAAAGCUGCUGCCUCACAGAGAGUACUGUGCUUUGGCAGCCUCUGAUGUUAUGGAUCUGGACACGUCGAGGCUGAUCUCAGCAUUUGUGACAAGAGAAAGGACUAGAAACCUUUUUCUUUUAAAAUCAGCCUGAUAAUGUAACUGGUGUAACCCAAUCAUUAAAGCUUCCUCCCAGCCAUGUGCCACCGUCCUGCAGAUGAGCCAACUUCUCUGGCAAGUAACUAGAGUGGCUUCUGGGUACACGAGGGGGCAGCUGAAUAGCAUGAGAGGCAAUUUAUUCUAAUGGACUAAACAUGCUAGGUUUGAUGACAGUGGGAAAAUCAGUAGUGUUAUUAGCAAGUUUUAAACACCUGCUUUCCCAGUGUAGAUAAAUCCCCUGAGAGUAAAGUACUCCUGUAGCCUAGUCCUUCCUCUGAUGCCUUCUGUGGCUUUGGGAAGUCACUGACCAUCUCUGCCUCACUCUCUUUCAGUAUCUCUGUCUGUAAAAUGGUAACAAUAAUAUUGACAUACCUACACCACAAGAGUGGAGGGUCUGGUGAUAAAAUUAGUUAAUUGAUUUUAAGGCCACUGUAAUCAUAUAGUCUGACCUGCUGCAAACACAGGCCAGUGAAUUUCUCCAAAUGAUUCUGCAUGAAGUCCUAGCUUGUUUGAGUUACAGAGUGCCUUUUAAAAAGACAUCCAGUUAUGAUUUAUAGAUGUCAAGUGAUGUGGAAAUAGUGACAUCCCUAGAUAAGUUAUUCCAGUGGUUAAUUAAGGUGCAAAAUAUAACAGUGCAGUUAUUUCUCUGCACUUGUCUAUCUUCUUUUACCAUCGUCUGCUCAAGCGCUUUCUACUUGUAGAAACCUUCUCCCUUUGCAAUUUUUUAUAGACCAUGAUCAAGUCACCUAUUAACCUUCUCUUGGAUAAACUAAAUAAACUGAACUGCUUUCAUCUCACCAUAUGGCAGGUUUUUCAGACCUCAUAUCACUCUUGGUAAAGAGCUCUACUAUAUAAGUGGUAAAAUUCACCCCCACAUACAGAAACUCUCCAAUGGCUGCCUCAGGCCCCUAACUUUUUUGGAGAAGUAGCCUUGAAAUCCCUUUUAAACAUUGUCAUCUACCCAUUUCCUCCAGCCUUAGCAGCUGCGCUGUGCAUCUCCUUCAGUGGGAGGCUGGUCACAGCAUGAAGGUACCCUCAACCCCUUUUCAUAUACAAGGGAACCUAUGUUCUGGGACUACCCCCAAAGAAUCAUCAUGCUCUUCCUCACCGAAAUUCUAGGGCUAGCACCAUGCAUAACUAUGUGAUCACAGUGGGAAUGAUUCAUUUCUGAUUUGAGAGGUGGGGGGAGGAAAACCCCUCACACAAGCCCACCCAAAAAAGGAUGCAUCAGCUCUGAAUAUUAAAUGUUUGCUAGCAAUGAAAUCUGAGACAUCAAUAACAUUUGACAGGAGUUGAGCAUUGUCAUCCUCUCCUUGUACAGGGCAGAUUGCGGAGAUUGUUACAUACUGCGCCACCUAGUGGCUGAACGUAGUAGAAUUGUAGCAUUACGCCCCAGACACCUAACCUGUUCAGGUGCUUUAGCAUAUCUCAUUAGGCAUCUCUAUGUAGCUUUAGGCUCCUAAAUACCUUUGAAAAUCUUGCCCUCAGUGACUGAAGCUUUGAAACCAUUCAAAGAGAACUACUUAACUAGCGUGCAAGGAACAAUGGUGUCAAUAUUACAGUAGUGCUCAAACCCAGAGUAACUCCACUGAAUAAAGAGUAAUCAUAUGUUAAAUUUAAUUGGGUAAUUUAUUGCUAAGACCUUUUUGAUGUGUGGAAAGUAUUAUAUUCAGAAUGAUU